AUGAGCACCCCUAUGCCCCUCGAAGGCCGAGGCCUUGCUAUCUUUACCUUGGCGCUCGUUUUCAUGUUUCUCUCCAUGGUGACAGUUUCAUUAAGAUGUUUUGUUCGAUCCGUCAUUGUGCGGGCCUUUGGCUGGGAUGAUAUCCUGAUGAUUGUUGCAAUGGUACUCUUUAUUAUCCUGGCAAUAUGCUGUAUGGUCGGAACGUCCAAUGGAGUAGGUCACAAAUACGUAGACUUCACGAGUAUUGAGGUCUACAAAACAGCGCUUACGUGGUGGUGGCUCAGCCAAGUCUUUUACAUCUGGGCAUCUGCCUUUGCCAAAGUCUCAAUCGCCGUUGCGCUGCUUCGACUGACUGUGAAGAGAAUGCACCACAUCAUUCUCUGGGGUGUCAUCGGGCUGACCAUUGCCAUCGGUCUGAUAUUCUGGCUAGUUCUCCUUUUGGACUGUCACCCCAUCUCCUAUUUUUGGAAUCAGGUGGAUGGUGAACAUACCGGAAAGUGUCUAUCAGUGGAUAUAUUACUCGAUAUUGCAUAUCUCUAUAGCGCCUUCACGAUCAUAUGCGAUUUCACCCUUGGCAUCCUGCCAAUUUUCCUGGUUUGGGAUUUACAGAUGAAUCACAGAACAAAGAUGGCGGUUGGAAGCAUUCUCAGCUUGGGAGCCAUUGCUAGUGUGGCCGUCAUUAUUCGGCUUCCAUUCCUCCAUUACUACGCGGACCCUGAUUUCCUAUACUCCACUUAUCAAAUCGCGAUCUGGACCAUCAUCGAAACUGGCCUCGGAAUCACUGCUGGUAGUCUGAUCACUCUUCGCCCUCUUUUCCGCUGGCUCCUCGAUGGAAGCAUGUCUUACGGCCGGAAUGGCCGUACUCCAGAACAAAGUUCAGGGCGAUAUCGUCUCUCUAGCUUUAAGAGUAAUGGUAUGAAACAUUCCCAGGAUCCCAGCAAUUGGCGCCCCGACACCGAUGCCAAUAAUAAAACGACUGUGGUUGAAAUUGCAUCCUCGCCUCGGUCGCAAAUUUCCAGCGAUGCGAACAGCAGUCAGGAAGCUUUGAACCCUGUAGCAAAUCCAUCGAACCAUCGGAGUGGAGGUGUGACAGUCCAGCAUAGCUUCGUGCAAGUAGUGUCCGACCGAGACUCAUAG